GCGGCGGCGGCGAAGGGCACCGGGCAGCGCCAGGCGGCGGCGGCGGGACCAUGGGCGCGAAGCAGAGCAGCCCCACCGCCGCGAAUGGCCGCACCCGGGCGUACUCGGGCGGGGAUUUACCUUCCUCCAGCAGCAGCAGCAGCGGCGGCGGCGCUAACGGGACCGGCGGGCGCUCGGCGGGCGCUGCCGGGCGGUACGCGCACCUGGCGGCGGCGCCUCAUGCCGCUCCCGGCGGCGCGACGGCGGCAGGAGGAGCGGCGGCGGCGGCGGGGGGUGCCGCGGGGUCGGCCCCCCGGAGCAGGUCCUUAGGGGGGGCCAGCGCCUCCGGGGCCCGGGCCGCGCAGUCCGCCUUCAACAUCCCCCACAGCAGCGGCCCCUACGGCUCGCAGGACUCGGUCAACAGCACCCCGGAGGAGGGCGGCCGGGAGCGGCCCGCGGGGGGCGGCGGCGGCGGCGGCUCGUCCGGCGGGCCCCGGCUAGUGAUCGGCUCGCUGCCCGCUCACCUCUCGCCGCACCUGUUCGGAGGAUUCAAGUGCCCUGUAUGUUCAAAAUUUGUAUCUUCCGAUGAAAUGGAUUUACAUCUUGUGAUGUGUUUGACAAAACCAAGGAUAACCUACAAUGAGGAUGUGCUGAGUAAAGAUGCUGGGGAGUGUGCAAUAUGCCUGGAAGAGCUGCAGCAAGGAGAUACUAUAGCACGGCUGCCUUGCCUCUGCAUAUAUCAUAAAGGCUGCAUAGAUGAAUGGUUUGAAGUAAAUAGAUCUUGCCCUGAGCAUCCAUCAGAUUAAGACGAGAUUCAUGGUUUUAGCUGCUUCCACUGAUCAGAAAACAGGAGAUGUGAGGUUCCCUUGCUGAACACAGCGUGCCUGGCUUGAGACUUACAGUUCUUUGUGGCUGAAAAAGACAAAGAUGGACAGUGACAUGGAAAAAGCAUUGCAGACACCGGUUACUUGCCAGUAGUGCUCGGUAUACCAAACACUCAUGCAAAGAACACACAGGGAUUUUGAAAAUGCUGCACAUUCUGUAACAAUCGACUCCCCACAAACAUUACUGACACUAUUUUGUAUUGAAGGCCAAAGUUCCUAAUUUCAGCUUAACUUCUGGUUCUGUGAAGAAGCGGGUUAUUGGACAUGUUUCCUACUGCCUCGAGUAGAAGUGGAGAUGUUCGAUACGUGCUAUCUGAGACCUGUGCAGGAGGAUGGCCCCGGUUUUGAGUGGGAACGUUUUUACCUUCUUGUUGGCUGAAGAAGAGUAAAAUGGCAAACUAAACAUAAUCUAACAGUGUGACCUUAAUUUACUGAAUUCACACCCUGUUCUACAUUCUUCACUUUUUUCAAGAACAGAAAACAUAAACUUCUCUGCGUAGGAAUAUUAUAUUUCAAAAUUUUGUAACUAAACCUUUGUCACAAUGCAGUCCAAAGAGUAAAACCAAGACAGGUAACUAAUUUAUAUUGAUCAAGCUAUAGGGAUUGUUGAAAUCUGCACAUUGUGUUGCUAUUUAAGUAACUAAAACUUCUCUUUUACUGCUUGUGAGUAAAAACAACAAAAAAAAAUGCAGCAAAGCAAAAUCUUACAGCUAUGCAACUUUUUUUUAAAUAGGAAAAAAAAAGAAGAAUUACCAGUUUUAAGUGCUGCCAGUUAAGGUAAUUUGUUUAACGGGUAUUUUUUUAAAAAUGUUUCAGGUAAUUAUUUUAUUCUACUAGUCUCAUCUCCAGGCUGCCUCCUGAGGUAUAAAUGAAUAACUGCAAAUGUGGGCACAGCAAGAGGUUUUUAUAGGCAUGGGUGAGAUAACAUCGAGGUGGGAUUUGUGUUUAAUUUUUAAAAUGCGCAAGUUUUUUUUUCCUUGUUUGAAUGUUUUUUUUGAUGGCAGGAUCUGUAGUACUUUGCAUCUAAAUCCUUGGUCUCGUCACAUGCAGACAAGCAUUUGACAGUGUGGUUGUUUUUUUUUUUUUAAAAUGCACCUGCAUUUGUUUAAUUUAUUAUUACUUUACUGUACUAUAUUGGUAUAACCAGGGCUUCACGAAAUGCAGGGUGUCUCUGGUGGGUUACACCAAGUAAAACUGUGGAUAAGUAUUAGUUCCCAUAAAGUAUCACGGUUCACAAAAAGAAAGACAGGGGGGAAAAAAAAAGACAAUAAACUGGAACAGAUAUCAGGGCUUAGAAGCAUACUUUUUAUAUCAAGAAUCAAUCAUAGUAGUUGUUGAAUUUCACAGCGCAGGGAAGAGUUUAUGAAUAUUAGUGACAGCAUUUUUAGUGGGUUUCGAUAGUUAAAAUAUAUUGCACAACACUUGGAACAUUUGUACAUACAUAAUUCUGCUUUUUUUUUGUUUGUUUAAGUACAUAUUUCUCUCUGUUGCUACUGUGAUUCAUAUCAAAAAGGGCAAAGAACAGGAGAAAUUGCUGCUAUCUGGAAAACAAGUGCAGUGCAUGUUACUAAACUCUCCUAUCUUGCUUGCAGAGCAAUUCUUGCCUGGAUAACAUUUUCUCCUGAAUGUUGCUCUGUAAAAUGCCUUUGUUAUGCUGCAAAUCUAAAGGAGUCCAAACUAGAUAAUUGUCAUAAUCGCCAGUGCAGUUUCUACAUUUUUGGGCUUGCAUCAUUGGUUUCAGCUGAACCUGUAACUAUGGGGCCCUGUUGUAUUCUCUUUUUCAGUGGGAGCAGAAUCGUUUUGUCACACUUUUUCAAUUCUGUAGUCACAUCAAAUGUACAGUCAUUCCCUGUACAGAUUCCUUUUUAGCUGAGAAUAUUUGUGUUGCCUUGUAUUAUCAUGGUGGGGAGGGAGGGGAUGAGGAAUUACAGCACCUGUAAUACUCAAACAGUGGUGUUGCCUGCAGGCCCACUUUUCCAAUGUUUUAAAUUCCUGCUAUCUUCUGAAAGUAAAGCUUUUGCAUUUGCAUUGAUUUAAUGUUUACUGUUGGCUUCAUGCCUACAGAAACUCACCUGUAAUAAUGUAAAGGGGGUAGGUAAGUGUUUUGGUGUCCUGUGCUCCGAGAUCAUAGAUAGCCUUUGGCUUGGGGAUUAAGUAGGUAAAUAUUAUAAGCAUAAAUCUGUUUACAACUUAAGCUCAGUUUUGGUAGUUCAUAUUUCUAGUUCAUUUACUGUUUUUUUUUCAAAAACCUUAAUUUUCUGUAUUCAGAUGCAAAUAGCUGGUUUAAAGACCCAGCAGUUAUCACUGCUGUCCUACAUUUAGGACCAGUGUUUGAAAAGCAUGCCACUAGCAAUUGCACUGAUGCAUGGUUUUGCAGGCAAGAGUCCAUUGCUGCUUCCGUCAGCACGGUAGAGCAGAAAUACCUUGGAUUAUUUGAGGAACUGAUAUGAGGUCAGCCUUAGAUCCUAGUUUGGCAUUCUUGGUAUCCAUAAAUCUCUUCUGAAAGGCUGUGUGGGAGGUUUUCUUGUAUCAAAAGCUCUAAUAUAGACCAAGCCUUGAAUGACCCUGGAAGCAUGAGAGUGAUGCUUGGGUUUGAAAACGCCUGUGGAAAUUCUAUGUAAGCUUUCUAUCACCAGCUGUGUUGGUCAGCUGGUGAUGACCAUGCUGUAGAUGUAGUUCUAGUCAGAGGCAACACCUUCAUUUUAAAAACAUACUCACAGUGGUCCUGAAUCAUUGUGCUUUAGAAGGGAAAAAUAAACAUCAACCAAGUCCUGUCUCUCGAUCAAGGAAUACCACACUUGUCCACAAGAAGCAAUAACUUAAAUUACGGUGCGAUAUGCUUCUUUGCCUGUAAAUAUAUUGAGAUUGCCAAUUCUGUGCUGUUUCAGAGUGUUUUCUGUCAUCUGGCCUAUAUCUUCCCUAAGUAUGUAAGGGUGUGAAAUAAUUCCCAUACUCAGGUCUGCCAUAAACAUGCUGCUUGCCACAAGGGGAAGAGUAGACUCAACACUGUCUUGAAAUGUGAGAUUUUUCUGAACUUGUAACAUACCCAUGUAUCUUGAGUAGCAACUUGUGUUUUGAAGUUCAUAGUGGAGGUGGCUAUGAGUUGGAUUGUAUAUAACCGUAUACCAUACAAUACCAAGAGAGCCAUGCUACUGUCAGCACAGGGCACCCAUUGUCCUGUCCCUUAUAAAUCAGUAUAUCUAUAAUAACACUUCCCUUUUGAAGGAGGUAGUUAAUUUUCUUUCAACGUAUACAUUCAUUGAUGAGUUCAGUGGGACAUAAAAGCAAAACAAUGAAGCACACUGCAAAUUUGUGGUAUUUUAUUUUUUGCAAGAAUAAAGCCUAAAACCGAU